AUGGGUUCCUCAAUGCAAGAUACGAAGCCCAAGAUGACCCGGGUCCUAGCCCUCCACGGCUACGGCACCAGCGGUGAAAUCUUUCGAUCACAAACCGCCGCAUUCCGCCUCAAACUCCCCAAAAACUCAUACACCUUCACCUUCCCCAACGCGCCUCUGCCCUCGGCGCCCACCGUCGGCGUUGAUUCGAUAUGGAACCAAACCCCCCAAAUUCUACGCCUGGUGGCCUGCCCAAUCGUCCAACACUUCGGAAAUCCGCUCCGCGCACGACCAACUCGACCAACACCUAUUUGA